AUGGAGCAUUUAGUCAGUCUAUGCGGCUGGCCUGCGAACGUUUGCACCAUAGCUGAGGUCAUAAACUGCUCUCUCGAAGUCUUGGAAAGGUACCACCAAGAGCGUAACCACCAUUGCUGCCGCCCGCCAUGUAAAGACACGCAAUACAGCGUGAAUCUGAACAGCGCCACCUAUCCAGCAGAUUUCAGUAUUGGUCAUCUUCCAGACGAGCUCCCUCAGGAUAAACCAUUGGAAUACCUCAGAAAAGAAUACUUGGAGCUAAGGAUAUUUUAUGAAGAAUUAAAUUUUCAGCGCAUUGAACAAAUACCAGUGUACACAUUAGAAAAGCUAGUCGGCAAGUAUCUUUAUAACUGA